AUGGACCCCCCUCCGUCAUAUCUUCCAGUGUCUUUUAAGGGCACCUGUGGAAGAGUCGGCCAGUACCAGAGACUCCAGCAUCCCAGAAAGAAAAACGGCCCCUUUAAAAGAAAGGGGAUGGAAAGAUGGCAUAGGGCUGUGUCUACCAACUUAGUAAAACAAAAUGUAUUGGUGCCCAAGGAGGAUACAUCUGGGGAUAGCUACAUGGAAUUUCACGAGAGCCAACAAAAUACCAAAAAAAACUGGAUGAAGAAAGUGAAGACUGUUUUGGGGAGCAUGAUGUCCUACAAAUGUAGACACAAGUCAGCAAGUGGCGGCAGAGGGACCUCCACCAACCUUAAGGAAACGUUCCUUUCGAACACGCAGAGCCUUCUUCCUAGAAUCGUCAAGGAACUUCCAUCCCCCAGGUUAUUUAUGAAACCAAGAAUGAGAAAGCUGUCACAGAAUGCAACUAUACAACUUGAUGUUGUAGAAGCAGAGACAGAGGAGAUAACCCGAGGAAAUACACUGCUCCGGGCCAGGAGAACCACCAAACGGUUGUCUGUGACAUCCCUUCCCUCAGGAUUGCAGAAGGUUCCGUACUCAUCAAAAAAGAGAUCCCGCUUUCCAGUACUGAAAAGAAAGAAACAUAGCAUGGAAAACCUGCUCCGAAAAUCAGAUCUGACAGUGGGAAAGCUUCAAAUGCAGGUGGAUGACCUCCUAGAAACAAUGACAGAUAAAUCCAUGAAGUUAUUGGCCCAGAGAUAUGCGGAACUUCAACAGUGUGAGUUUCUAGGGGAUGAAAUUCUUCAGUCUUCGAAGCAAUUCCAGAGGCUAUCUAAGAGAACCAUGAGGAAGUAUAAACUGAAAAAUGUGUGUUUCCCGUGUACCCGCUGCUGCCUCGGCUUUUGUUCCUGA